AUGACACCAUUAGACUUUCCACGAGUGGAUUUUACCGAUAGCGAACACAUUAAUUUACUUCUAACAUCUGCAUCAUUUUGGCACCAAGUACAAGGUGAAAAAAUACUGUAUUUUCAAACCGAUUCAGCUAUCUGUUCGAAUUCAUCAUAUAAAUUAACAGAUUUCUUACAGUAUGAUUUCAUUGGUGUGCCAUGGCAUCGUGGUGGUUCCUAUAAUGGUGGAUUUUCAUUACGAAGUCGAAAAAAACUACUUCAUUUGUUGGAAAGUAAUCGUGCUCGUUAUCGAUUGCAUGAAACAAAUGAAGAUGUUUGGCUAAGUCGUAAUUUACCUCAUGUAAAUGCUCGUAUUGCUUCGACUCAUGUUGCAAACAAAUUCUCAGUAGAAAGUAUUUAUCAUCCUCGACCAUUUGCUGUUCACAAGCCAUAUUUUAAAGUAUUAAGUCCAGUUAAUAUGAAACUUCUAUGUAAUGAUUGUCCAGAAGUUAGAACUAUUUCUUCUUAUUGUUGA